AUGAGCCAGUGGAACGAAGCAACAAGAGGCGAGCGCCCGCCUGUCGACGAGCUGGACGAGGACGACGACGCCCAUGAGCUGGACGAAGACAGCCUUCGCGGUGAUGAGGACAAAGAGAACGAGGGAUCCUCCAACCAGACAUCCUCUCUGGAAUCGUCCGAGCGCAAGCGGAGCAGACGCGAGGCAAAGGAGGACAAGCGCCGCCUGAAGCGUCAGCGUAUUACAGAGUACUACAUGAUGUCCUACCAUGCCAUGCCGGCCUCAAUGUCCAUGUUCCACAUGGCGAAGCAAGCAAAGGGUCAGCAGAACUUGCACAAUGUGCUCUGGCUCGCAGCUGUGGGGCUUCUGGGCUAUGUGGAGCUUGGCCUAAUGGGUGAGGAGCAGUACAACAAGCUGGUGUGGCAGCAGUUGAAGGAGGCCUUGGAUUCUGUCGACGACAGCUUCAACUCGACAGGCAGUCUACGCUCCACGCAGGGAGAUAGUGCCCUGUCCGAUGAUGAGGAGCAGGAUUUCAUCCGGCCGCGGGCCCCGCCCAAGGAGAAGAAGUUGCGCUUCGACAACGAUCUAAGGCUGACGCUCUAUAAGCAUUGGAGUCUCGAAGAGUCCAUGCUGCACAGCCCAUACUUCUAUGCCGCGAUGAGCUUGCACUGGGACGCCGGCAUCCGCGCGAUGAAGAACUUCUUCGCCACGGCGGGGAUGGCGCCUAGUGAGUAUAGACAGUACUUCCGGUACAUGGAGGCUCCUACACGGAGAGCCGUGCGUGGUAACUUCACCAAGCAUGGCAAGGCAUAUGGCUUAACGGAAGACCGGAUGUUUCUCGAUCAGUUCGUCCAGGACGUUGGAGUCCAGUCGCACGAGAACUUGGUCUCACCACAGGUAUCCUCUUUGGAUGCGGUCCACAUGCUCCAAGCUUUGCUCUGUGGGUCCGGCAACGAUCAAGAGCUAGUGAAGCGAGCUGACGGCAAGCCUGACUUCGAGGCCAUCGAGCAAAACCGAAGGGAGGAGCAGAUCCACAACUUUUACCGGGCCUAUGAUGCAGCUCUCUGCGACCGCCCGGGCCUCUUCAAGGAAGGCGUGGGUCAGGCGGUGGACAUUGCCAAGGCCGUGCAGACCCUUGCGAGACAAAUCCGCGAUACCAAGGGCGCUAUCAAGGUUGCGGGGACCAAGAAGUUCCGUUGGACCCGGAUCGACCAGCCGCCGACCGUCUUCCGGCACCCGCUCGCUGCGCGGAAAUUAGUAGUUUGGCUGUCGCAGACGAUCUUUGCCUACUGCUCCAAGAGGCCCCAUGAGCUUCCUCUGCUUGUCGUUAUCCGCGAUGGCCCUAUGGACUCCUACCUAUGCGUUGGCAUCACGCCGCCCUCCAUCUCCGACGUCGAUGAGUUUGGUGCUACUUUCCGCCAUGCGAUUCAAGCGACCCAGAACUUGCAGUACCGCUGGGAUUUCUUCGACAAGUCCUGCAUCGCAAUCGCGGCAGACGACAUCGACCGGUUUCUGACUGCAAUCACUAAUCGCUAA